UCGGAGUUUUUAGAAACCGUCGUCUGUACGAAAUCGCCUUCACCGCAUUCUCAUCAACGAGUUCAUCUUUUCCGAUGGAUGUUAGUCAAGUCGAACCACGUGAUUACCCUCCAAGACUUUACCCUUCUAACCUAGAAGGUAAAGAUAUCAAUCAUAAUUUCCGUGCAGGACAUUUCCCCCACAUUAAAGAAACAAUAGGACUCGAUGUGUGGGAAGAACUGGUGAACUCUCCCAUUGGAGUAGUUGCUAGGCUACUUUCACGCGAAAGCAUUUGGUCUGGUAGGACCGUACACUAUCUGCUAUGUAGACAGCUGCGAGUGCAUAAAAAGGAGAUAUGGUCUGUUGUGGUUGAUGAUGUUAUCAGGUUUAGCUUGCUCGAGUUUGGUGAGAUCACUGGGUUAAACACAGGUCCAUUGCCAACAGAAAGUUUUGAACCUGAUCAAUACAAAGAGUUUUGGGAGGAGUUGAAGGUGCCGCUUGGGAUGGGACCCAAGUAUGAUGAGCUGAAGGCAGCAUUAGAGUUCUGUCCUGGUUGGAGUUUUGAAAAGCGUAAGUGGUUGGGGAUGUUAUUUCUUCAAGCCAUGGGACUGUACUGUUUGCAUCACAAUUCAAGGAUACCCUUUCAAAGUGCAAUAAGGGUAUUCGACGAUGAAGCCAUGAGGUCGUAUCCAUGGGGUCGGACUGCAUACGAAGUUCUUGUUGACUCUCUGAAAACACUGUCUCCAGAUGGAAAGUCAUACACAGUAAGCGGCAUGAAGGACGUUUUAUUGGUUUGGGCGUAUGAGUCCAUCGUCUGUUUCGGUGAGAAGUUUGGGAGAGUGGUCAACAAUGAAGACGUUCCUCUUUUGCGAUGGGGUGGAAGGCGUACACGUUCAAGUUUUGAUACUGUCUUGUCUGACGAAAUCAAAGAUCAUGGCGAGGUCCGUUUGAGGAGAAUGGUUAUGAAGGAGUCAAUUGAAGAGAUGUUUCCUGUAUGGUCGGAUGAACCUGACGACCCACAACUCGUUAGGUUGGUAGAAGACAUACACGCAGGUAGAUACGUGAAAGGUUUCUGGGAAGUACAGAGGGAUGAGCAGGGGAAGGGGAAUGAGAAGAAGAAGAAGAAGAAAACGAAGGGAGUUUCAUCAGAAGCUGAGCCAUCAACAAAGAAGCAGAAGAAAGAAGCUGCUGAAACGAGAAAGGGUUCUAGCGAGGAGGAAGCUGUAUUGGACAAAGCGACUCUGACGAAUCUUGUGAGUGCUCUGCAGAAUAUUUCAGCAAAAUUUGACGCUUACGAUUUUGACCGGAACCGGCCAGUGAUGGACGAGAAGACCCUAGAUAACGUGGUGAAAGCUGUAGUGCAGCAGAGUCUGAAAGUUUUGGGGGAAAGGAAAAUUCCCGACAACGAUGCUAAACUCUCCUCCGCCGGCGUAGAAAAAUCUUUAUCGGUGACAUCAUCACCUCGUAGGAGGUCGCCACCGGAAAAGUCGGACAAAAGUCCAGUGGUAGAACCGCAGGCCCAGGAGGAGAAGUCUGUAAAAACUCCAGUGACAGAACCGCGGCAGCAGAAAAAGCCUGUCAAAAGUCCAGAGCCGCCGCAGCAGAAAGAGAAGGCUGUCAAAAGUCCGGUGCCGCCGCAGCGGAAGGAGAAGGCUGUCAAAAGUCCGGUGCCGGCGCAGCAGAAACAGCAGAAGUCAGUCAAAAGUCCAGCGUUAGCUGAGACCCCUGCAAAGAAGAAUUCGGAGCUUGAGAAGGAUACAGUGGUGAGAAGGAUUUUGGGUGAUGAUUUUAAUGAAAUUGAUUUCAUCAGUGUUUCUCCUGCAAAGAUUACUAAGGAUGCUAAGGAUGGUAAGGAUGCCAACGUUCCAGCCUAUGGACGCGGCUUACGGGGCAAGGCCAAGCGUACUGUUACUGUAAAGGAUGAGGCUAUCGAGGAUAAGAAAAAAGCACAGCGGGCAGAGGCUGCGUUGAAGAGGAAGGAGAAGCAAGAGGCUAAGAAAAAAGAGAACGAGGAGAAGAAACAGAAGAGAAAAGCGGCUGAGUUACAAAAGAAACAAGAGGCUGGGUUACAGAAGAAAAAGAAGGAAGACGAGGCUGAGUUACCGAAAAAAAGAAGGAAAAAGAGGCUGAGUUACCGAAGAAGAAGAAAGAAGAAGAGGCUGAGUUACAGCGGUCUGAGGAAUGUGUUGUGACGAACGACGAAGUUCUUGCGGAAGAUAACGCAUUGGCGGCGGAGUCUGAUGUCGAGCCAGCUGA